AUGGAAGAUGUGUUUUCGGAGGAGGAUAGCGACGAGGAUAGUGACGAAGAUACACUAAUGGUAACAACACUUGAUGACGAAAAUGUUAUGAGAAGGUACGAAAGCUUCAAGAAGUUUGAUACUCUGGUAGACCAUUCAGAUCAUAAUUUACUGUGGGAAAUGGAAGAGCAGUCGGCAAGUCAUUCAAGAGGUUGGGAGGAAAUAGUAAAGAAACAAUGGAAGGAUCUUGAGAAGAGCUUGCCUGGUGGGAUAUACGUGAGGGGUUAUAAGGGGAGAAUGGAUCUUUUAAGAGCUUGCAUUGUCGGGCCUCAGGGAACUCCGUAUCACGACGGUCUCUUCUUUUUUGAUAUGGCUUUCCCAAGCAAGUACCCUGAAGAACAUCCUGUUAUAGAGUAUCACUCAUGUGGUCUUACCAUUAAUCUAAAUUUCAUGUGUGGUUAUGAAUGGUUGCGGUCAUGUAUAAGAACUCGUAAGUAUAAGUGGGAGGGAGAGGAGUUGUGGGAGCCUGGCACUUCAACUAUGCUCCAUCUUCUUGUAUUUCUGCAAAAACUUUUGAACGAAAAACCUUUUUUCAACUCUAGUUAUUAUAUGAGCUAUAUAAGCAUUAUCGAGAAUGAAAUUUCAUCAAUAAUGUACGACGAGUGUAUCUUUGUCAAAUCACUAAAAACAAUGGGCUAUAUCAUGCGCAACCCACCCCAGGGCUUUGAGGAUUUGGUGGUUGGUCAUUUUCGGGAGCGUGCUUGUGACAUCUUAAAGGCAUGUAAAGCAUACAAGGAUGGUUUGCAAGUUGGGUCUAAUGUCAGUGGCGCUGGUUGCAAAUUCGGAACCAACUCAAUCACUUUUAUGAAUGAUUUAGAUUCAUGCUUCGAACCUCUUGCAGUCGCUUUUAGCAAAAUUGGGGCACGGGAGGUAGCUGAUGAGUUUUGUCACCUGGUGGGGAUUCCCUCAAGAAUCAAGCUGGGAGAAUCUUGA